AUGGCUGCAACAACACCAGUAACCCUGAUCGCAACCCUAGAAUCCCACCUCACACCGACCCUGGCCUUUACAUCCCCACCAACAUCCCCCUCCCAACCUUCCCUUCAUCUGAUACCCCCACCAACUCUCACCAAACUGCGCAACAUAGGCCCCGGCCGGGUAAAAGACAUGCGUUUCCUUGGCCAGUCGAAACAAAUCAUCAGUCAUGUUCCCCUUGUCGCUGCGCCGCAGACAUGCAGCAGGAUCAACGACGCGAUGCAUGCAGCGGUUAUCAUGAACUCGGAAAAGUUCUCUGUAUUGAGCAUGUUGCCUUUAGAAGGCAAAGAAGCAGCAAGAGAGUUGGCGAGGUGUGUGGGAAAGAUGAAGUUUGUUGGGGGUUGUAUUGGGAUUAGUAGGAAGACUGAACUGGAGGGUGUGGAAUGGGAGGAGCUCUGGGAUGCUGCAGAAAGGUAUCGAGUGCCGAUUUUAUUAAGGGAGACGUGGCCGGUAGGAUCUGAGAUGACGGACUACCAACACACUUUUCCUUCUACCGUAUACGCGCCCCUCUUAACACACGUUCAUACGUCGCAUGCUACUUCUCCUCUCCCAUUGCUACACCUUUACCUCAGCUCCGUCUUCGACCGACACCCUGGUCUACGUCUCAUACUUGCACAUCCCGGCGUUCUUCCCUCUCUCAUUCCACGCAUCGAAAUGCUCCUCACCACUAUUCCUGCUGCGGAUAAACCUAAGCGAAGUUUUCUGGAUGUCUGGCAGCACAACAUCUACCUGACGACGGCAGAUGCGCAAGACAUGUCAAGUCUAAGGGCGCUGCUAGAACAGAUACCAGUAGAUAGAGUGCUGUAUGUGAGUAAUUACCCGUUUGAAGAGAGGGGAAAGGAGUUGAUGGAUGAACUCAGAGAUAGUGGGUUUUUGACGCAGGUGGAGUGGGAAAGAGUUGCCUGGGGAAAUGCAGAAAUUGUGUUUGACUUGAAAGGAGCGAACACGAAGGGAGGAAGGAGAUAG